GUCAGUAGCAGGGUAGCUGUUGUCAAGACAAGCUCCAUGUAUAAAGUGUGCUUCAUGCCAGAGACAGCGACUAGCUCAGCAUGUGGAACUUUCUUGUACUAUUAGCAACCUUUCUGCAGGCAGUGCCCACAGCCACGUUGUGUGAAAGAGAUCAAUUAUGCAUGGAUUUUGCAGUAGAACAGGGCUGGUUUGUCUGGUUCUGUUUGGUGCUGUUCGCAGUGCUGGCUCUGGGCUCACUUGUCCUCUGCUGUCAUCGGAGCUGGCUAACUCGGCACAACCGUCUCGUCUCAGCACGGACCCUCGCAGUCCUGGCACUGAACCACCCUGAUCCUGUCUACGUGAGUGAAUCUUCCCAGUGUCAGUUUCCUGGGAAUCAGAGUCCCUGCCAGUCAGCAGGGGUCCCCAGCACAUCUCCGCCAGCCUACUUCAACACACUAGGACCCGAGCCUCCACCCCCACCUCCGUAUGAAGAGGCCAUUAAAACAAGAGGAUUCUAGCAGGAACGACGCUGGCAGAAGACCAAAGGCAAGACAAUGCAGCUGGAUUGAAUGCAGGGAUAAUGUUAAAUAUGUAAUACAGGGACACAUUAUAAAUGCUUUUGGAUUUGUGUUUCAGAUGUAUGUUUAUGAACUUCUUAAUCUAUUAUUAUUUGAAUAACUUCUAGAACCCAAUUUCCAUUUCAAUGUAUUGCAAUGGAUUUUAUUUAUAUAGCGCCUUUCAUAGCACAGUAUCUCAAAGCGCUUGAUGUGUCGGUUAAAACAGAAAGACGUCUGCCUUAUCAAGACGUAGCACACUACACCUGUACUAACUGUUUGUGGAGUUGUUCUUUGUGAAUUACGUUUGUAUUAAUU